AUGGGGACGAUUUUUCAUGCGGCGGGCCCGUUUGAAGCCAAAAAGAGCCGGAAUCUCGUCCCAAGCCCAUUCUCUCGCUUUCCAUCACCCCGCCCCCUUCUUCCUCCUUCCAUCACCCGCCCCAUUCUCCCGCUUUCCAUCACCCCGCCCCAUUCUCCCGCUUUCCAUCACCCCGCUCCAUUCUCCCGCUUUCCAUCACCCCGCCCCAUUCUCCCGCUUCCCAUAACCCCACCCCAUUCUCCCGCUUUCCAUCACCCCGCCACAUUUUCCCACUUUCCAUCACCCCGCCCCCUUCUCUCUCCUUCCAUCACCCCGCCCCAUUCUCCCUCCUUCCAUCACCCCGCCCCAUUCUCCCGCUUUCCAUCAGCCCGCCCCAUUCUCCCGCUUUCCAUCACCCUGCCCCUUUCUCCCGCUUUCCAUCUCCCCGCCCCAUUCUCCCGCUUUCCAUCACACCGCCCCAUUCUCCCGCGUUCCAUCACCCCGCCCCAUUCUUCCGCUUCCCAUCAUCCCGCCCCAUUCCCCCGCUUUCCAUCACCCCUCCCCAUUCUCCCUCCUUCCAUCACCCCGCCCCAUUCUCCCACUUUCCAUCACCCGCCCCAUUCUCCCGCUUUCCAUCACCUCGCCCCAUUCUCCCGCUUUCCAUCACCCCGCCCCAUUCUUCUGCUUUCCAUCACCCCGCCCCAUUCUCCCGCUUUCCAUCACCCUGCCCCAUUCACCCGCUUUCCAUCACCCGCCCCAUUCUCCCGCUUUCCAUCACCCCGCCCCAUUCUCCCGCUUUCCAUCACCCCGCCCCAUUCUCCCGCUUUUCAUCACCCCGCCCCAUUCUCCUGCUUUCCAACACCCCAGCCCAUUGUCUCUCGCUUUCCAUCACCCCGCCCCCUUCUUCCUCCUUCCAUCACCCCGCCCCAUUCUCCCUCCUUCCUUCACCCCGCCCCAUUCUCCCGCUUUCCAUCACCCCGCCCCAUUCUCCCUCCUUCCAUCACCCCGACCCAUUCUCCCUCCUUUGAUCACCCCGCCCCAUUCUCCCGCUUUCCAUCAGCCCUCCCCAUUCUCCCGCUUUCCAUCACCCCGCCCCAUUCUCUCGCUUUUCAUCACCCCACCCCAUUCUCCCGCUUUCCAUCACCCCGCCCCCUUCUCCCUCCUUCCAUCACCCCGCCCCAUUCUCCCUCCUUCCAUCACCCCGCCCCAUUCUCCCACUUUCUAUCAGCCCGCCCCAUUCUCCCGCUUUCCAUCACCCCGCCCCUUUCUCCCGCUUUCCAUCUCCCUGCCCCAUUCUCCCGCUUUCCAUCACCCCGCCCCAUUCUCCCGCUUUCCAUCACCCCGCCCCAUUCUCCCGCUUCCCAUCAUCCCGCCCCAUUCCCCCGCUUUCCAUCACCCCUCCCCAUUCUCCCUCCUUCCAUCACCCGGCCCCAUUCUCCCGCUUUCCAUCACCCGCCCCAUUCUCCCGCUUUCCAUCACCCCGCCCCAUUCUCCCGCUUUCCAUCACCCCGCCCCAUUCUCCCGGUUUCCAUCACCCCGCCCCAUUCUCCCACUUUCCAUCACCCCGCCCCAUUCUCCCUCCUUCCAUCACCCCGCCUCAUUCUACCUCCUUCCAUCACCCCGCCCCAUGCUCCCGCUUUCCAUCACCCCGCCCCAUUCUCCUGCUUUCCAUCACUCCGCCCCAUUCUCCUGCUUUCCAUCACCCCGCCCCAUUCUCCCGCUUUCCAUCACCCCGCCCCAUUCUUCUCCUUCCAUCACCCCGCCUCAUUCUACCUCCUUCCAUCACCCUGCCCCAUUCUCCCGCUUUCCGUCACCCCGCCGCAUUCUCCCGCUUUCCAUAACCCCGCCCCAUUCUCCCGCUUUCCAUCACCCCGCCACAUUCUCCCACUUUCCAUCACCCCGCCCCCAUUCUCCCUCCUUCCAUCACCCCGCCCCCUUCUCCCUCCUUCCAUCACCCCGCCCCAUUCUCCCUCCUUUGAUCACCCCGCCCCAUUCUCCCGCAUUCCAUCACCCCGCCCCAUUCUCUCGCUUUUCAUCACCCCACCCCAUUCUCCCGCUUUCCAUUACCCCGCCCCAUUCUCUCGCUUUUCAUCACCCCACCCCAUUCUCCCGCUUUCCAUCACCCCGCCACCUUCUCCCUCCUUCCAUCACCCCGCCCCAUUCUCCCUCCUUCCAUCACCCCGCCCCUUUCUCCCGCUUUCCAUCUCCCUACCCCAUUCUCCCGCUUUCCAUCACCCCGCCCCAAUCUCCCGCUAUCCAUCACCCCACCCCAUUCUCCCGCUUCCCAUCAUCCUGCCCCAUUCCCCCGCUUUCCAUCACCCCUCCCCAUUCUCCCUCCUUCCAUCACCCCGCCCCAUUCUCCCGCUUUCCAUCACCCGCCCCAUUCUCCCGCUUUCCAUCACCCCGCCCCAUUCUCCCGCUUUCCAUCACCCCUCCCCAUUCUCCCGCCCACCCCAUUCACCCGCUUUCCAUCACACCGCCCCAUUCUCCCGCUUUCCAUCACCCCGCCCCAUUCUCCCGCUUUCCAUCACCCCGCCCCAUUCUCCCAUCACCCCGCCCCAUUCUCCCGCUUUCCAUCACCACGCCCCAUUCUCCCGCUUUCCAUCAUCCCGCCCCAUUCUCCCGCUUUCCAUCACUCCGCCCCAUUCUCCCGCUUUCCAUUACCCCGCCCCAUUCUCCCGCUUUCCAUCACCCCGCCCCAUUCUUCUCCUUCCAUCACCCCGCCUCAUUCUACCUCCUUCCAUCACCCCGCCCCAUUCUCCCGCUUUCCAUCACCCCGCCACAUUCUCCCGCUUUCCAUCACCCCGCCCCAUUCUCCCGCUUUCCAUCACCACGCCCCAUUCUCCCGCUUUCCAUCACCCCGCCCCAUUCUCCCUCCUUCCAUCACCCUGCCCCAUUCUCCCGCUUUCCGUCACCCCGCCCCAUUCUCCCGCUUUCCAUAACCCCGCCCCAUUCUCCCGCUUUCCAUCAACCCGCCACAUUCUCCCACUUUCCAUCACCCCGCCCCAUUCUCCCUCCUUCCAUCACCCCGCCCCAUUCUCCCUCCUUCCAUCACCCCGCCCCAUUCUCCCUCCAUUGAUCACCCCGCCCCAUUCUCCCGCUUUCCAUCAGCCCUCCCCAUUCUCCCGCUUUCCAUCACCCCCCCCCAUUCUCUCGCUUUCCAUCACCCCACCCCAUUCUCCCGCUUUCCAUCACCCCGCCCCCUUCUCUCUCCUUCCAUCACCCCGCCCCAUUCUCCCUCCUUCCAUCACCCCGCCCCAUUCUCCUACUUUCUAUCAGCCCGCCCCAUUCUCCCGCUUUCCAUCUCCACACCCCAUUCUCCCACUUUCCAUCACCCCGCCCCAUUCUCCUGCUUUCCAUCACCCCGCCCCAUUCUUCCGCUUCCCAUCAUCCCGCCCCAUUCCCCCGCUUUCCAUCACCCCUCCCCAUUCUCCCUCCUUCCAUCACCCCGCCCCAUUCUCCCGCUUUCCAUCACCCGCCCCAUUCUCCCGCUUUCCAUCACCUCGCCCCAUUCUCCCGCUUUCCAUCACCUCGCCCCAUUCUUCUGCUUUCCAUCACCCCGCCCCAUUCUCCCGCUUUCAAUCACCCCGCCCCAUUCACCCGCAUUCCAUAACCCGCCCUAUUCUCCCGCUUUCCAUCACCGCGCCCUGUUCUCCCGCUUUACCUCACCCCGCCCCAUCCUCCCGCUUUUCAUCACCCCGCCCCAUUCUCCCGCUUUCCAACACCCCGCCCCGUUCUCCCGCUUUCCAUCACCCCGCCCCAUUCUCCCGCUUUCCAUCACCCCGCCCCAUUCCGCUUUCCAUCACUCCGCCCCAUUCUCCCGCUUUCCAUCACCCCGCCCCAUUCUCCCGCUUUCCAUCAACCCGCCCCAUUCUCCCUCCUUCCAUCACCCCGCCUCAUUCUCCCUCCUUCCAUCACCCCACCCCAUUCUCCCGCUUUCCAUCACCCCGCCCCAUUCUCCUGCUUUCCAUCACCCAGCCCCAUUCUCGCGCUUUCCAUCACCCCGCCCCAUUUUCCCGCUUUCCAUCACCCCGCCCCAUUCUCCCGCUUUCCAUCAACCUGCCCCAAUCUCCCGCUUUCCAUCACCCCGCCCCAUUCUCCCUCCUUCCAUCACCCCACCCCAUUCUCCCUCCUUCCAUCACCCCGCCCCAUUCUCCCGCUUUCCAUAACCCCGCCCCAUUCUCCCUCCUUUCAUCACCCGCCCCAUUCUCCCUCCUUCCAUCACCCCGCCCCAUUCUCCCUCCUUCCAUCACCCCGCCCCAUUCUCCCACUUUCCAUCGGCCCGCCCCAUUCUCCCGCUUUCCAUCACCCCGCCCCAUUCUCCCGCUUUCCAUCACCCCGCCCCAUUCUCCCGCUUUCCAUCAGCCCACCCCAUUCUCCCGCUUUCCAUCACCCCGCCCCAUUCUCCCGCUUUCCAUCACCCUGCCCCAUUCUCCCUCCUUCCAUCACCCCGCCUCAUUCUACCUCCUUCCAUCACCCCGCCCCAUUCUCCCGCUUUCCAUCACCUCGCCCCAUUCUCCCGCUUUCCAUCACCCCGCCCCAUUCCUCUGCUUUCCAUCACCCCGCCCCAUUCUCCCGCUUUCCAUCACCCCGCCCCAUUCACCCGCUUUCCAUCACCUGCCCCAUUCUCCCGCUUUCCAUCACCCCGCCCCAGUCUCCCGCUUUCCAUCACCCCGCCCCAUUCUCCCGCUUUUCAUCACCCCGCCCCAUUCUCCCGCUUUCCAUCACCUCGCCCCAUUCUCCCUCCUUCCAUCACUCCGCCCCAUUCUCCCGCUUUCCAUCACCCCGCCCCAUUCUCCCGCUUUCCAUCACCCCGCCCCAUUCUCCCGCUUUCCAUCACCCCGCCCCAUUCACCCGCUUUCCAUCACCCGCCCCAUUCUCCCGCUUUCCAUCACCCCGCCCCAUUCUCCCGCAUUUCAUCACCCCGCCCCAUUCUCCCGCUUUCCAUCACCCCGCCCCAUUCUCCCGCUUUCCAUCACUCCGCCCCAUUCUCCUGCUUUCCAUCACCCCGCCCCAUUCUCCCGCUUUCCAUCACCCCGCCCCAUUCUCCCUCCUUCCAUCACCCCGCCUCAUUCUCCCGCUUCCCAUCAUCCCGCCCCAUUCCCCCGCUUUCCAUCACCUCUCCCUCCUUCCAUCACCCCGCCCCAUUCUCCCGCUUUCCAUCACCCCACCCCAUUCUCCCGCUUUCUAUCACCCCACCCCAUUCUCCCGCUUUCCAUCACCCCGCCCCAUUCCUAUUCUCCCGCUUUCCAUCUCCCCGCCCCAUUCUCCCGCUUUCCAUCACCCCGCUCCAUUCUCCCGCUUUCCAUCACCCCGCCCCAUUCUCCCUCUUUCGAUCGCCCCACCCCAUUCUCCCUCCUUCCAUCACCCCGCCCCAUUUUCCCUCCUUCCAUCACCCCGCCCCAUUCUCCCUCCUUCCAUCACCCCGCCCCAUUCUCCCGCUUUCCAUCACCCCGCCCCAUUCUCCCGCUUUCCAUCACCCCGCCCCAAUCUCCCGCUUUCCAUCACCCCGCCCCAUUCUCCCGCUUUCCAUCACCCCGCCCCAGUCUCCUGCUUUCCAUCACCCUGCCCCAUUCACCCGCUUUCCGUCACCCCGCCCCAUUCUCCCGCUAUCCAUCACCCCGCCCCAUUCUCCCGCUUUCCAUCACCCUGCCCCAUUCUCCCGCUUUCCAUCACCCCGCCCCAUUCUCCCGCUUUCCAUCACCCCGCCUCAUUCUCCCGCUUCCCAUCAUCCCGCCCCAUUCCCCCGCUUUCCAUCACCUCUCCCUCCUUCCAUCACCCCGCCCCAUUCUCCCGCUUUCCAUCACCCCGCCGCAUUCUCCCGCUUUCCAUCACCUCGCCCCAUUCUCCCGCUUUCCAUCACCCAGCCCCAUUCUUCCGCUUUCCAUCACCCCGCCCCAUUCACCCGCUUUCCAUCACCCCACCCCAUUCUCCCGCUUUCUAUCACCCCGCCCCAUUCUCCCGCUUUCCAUCACCCCACCCCAUUCUCCCGCUUUCAAUCACCCCGCCCCAUUCUCCCGCUUUCCAUCACCCCACCCCAUUCUCCCGCUUUCCAUCACCCCUUUCCAUUCUCCCGCUUUCCAUCACCCCGCCCCAUUCUCCCGCUUUCCAUCACCCCGCCCCAUUCUCCCGCUUCCCAUCACCCCGCCCCAUUCUCCCGCUUUCCAUCACCCCGCCCCAUUCUCCCGCUUUCCAUCACCCCGCCCCAUUCUCCCUCCUUCCAUCACCCCGCCUCAUUCUCCCUCCUUCCAUCACCCCGCCCCAUUCUCCCGCUUUCCAUUACCCCGCCCCAUUCUCCCGCUUUCCAUCACCCCGCCCCAUUCUCCCUCUUUCCAUCACCCCGCCCCAUUCUCCCGCUUCCCAUCAUCCCGCCCCAUUCCCCCGCUUUCCAUCACCCCUCCCCAUUCUCCCUCCUUCCAUCACCCCGCCCCAUUCUCCCGCUUUCCAUUACCACGCCUUAUUCUCCCGCUUUCCAUCACCCCGCCCCAUUCUCCCGCUUUCCAUCACCCCGCCCCAUUCUCCCGCUUCCCAUCAUCCGGCCCCAUUCCCCCGCUUUCCAUCACCCCUCCCCAUUCUCCCUCCUUCCAUCACCCCGCCCCAUUCUCCCGCUUUCCAUCACCCGCCCCAUUCUCCCGCUUUCCAAUACCUCGCCCCAUUCUCCCGCUUUCCAUCACCUCGCCCCAUUCUUCUGCUUUCCAUCACCCCGCCCCAUUCUCCCGCUUUCAAUCACCCCGCCCCAUUCACCCGCAUUCCAUAACCCGCCCCAUUCUCCCGCUUUCCAUCACCCCGCCCCGUUCUCCCGCUUUACCUCACCCCGCCCCAUCCUCCCGCUUUUCAUCACCCCGCCCCAUUCUCCCGCUUUCCAACACCCCGCCCCGUUCUCCCGCUUUCCAUCACCCCGCCCCAUUCUCCCGCUUUCCAUCACCCCGCCCCAUUCUCCCGCUUUCCAUCACUCCGCCCCAUUCUCCCGCUUUCCAUCACCCCGCCCCAUUCUCCCGCUUUCCAUCAACCCGCCCCAUUCUCCCUCCUUCCAUCACCCCGCCUCAUUCUCCCUCCUUCCAUCACCCCGCCCCAUUCUCCCGCUUUCCAUCACCCCGCCCCAUUCUCCUGCUUUCCAUCACCCAGCCCCAUUCUCGCGCUUUCCAUCACCCCGCCCCAUUUUCCCGCUUUCCAUCACCCCGCCCCAUUCUCCCGCUUUCCAUCAACCUGCCCCAAUCUCCCGCUUUCCAUCACCCCGCCCCAUUCUCCCUCCUUCCAUCACCCCGCCCCAUUCUCCCUCCUUCCAUCACCCCGCCCCAUUCUCCCGCUUUCCAUAACCCCGCCCCAUUCUCCCUCCUUUCAUCACCCGCCCCAUUCUCGCUCCUUCCAUCACCCCGCCCCAUUCUCCCUCCUUCCAUCACCCCGCCCCAUUCUCCCACUUUCCAUCGGCCCGCCCCAUUCUCCCGCUUUCCAUCACCCCGCCCCAUUCUCCCGCUUUCCAUCACCCUGCCCCAUUCUCCCGCUUUCCAUCAGCCCACCCCAUUCUCCCGCUUUCCAUCACCCCGCCCCAUUCUCCCGCUUUCCAUCACCCUGCCCCAUUCUCCCUCCUUCCAUCACCCCGCCUCAUUCUACCUCCUUCCAUCACCCCGCCCCAUUCUCCCGCUUUCCAUCACCUCGCCCCAUUCUCCCGCUUUCCAUCACCCCGCCCCAUUCCUCUGCUUUCGAUCACCCCACCCCAUUCUCCCGCUUUCCAUCACCCCGCCCCAUUCACCCGCUUUCCAUCACCCGCCCCAUUCGCCCGCUUUCCAUCACCCCGCCCCAGUCUCCCGCUUUCCAUCACCCCGCCCCAUUCUCCCGCUUUUCAACACCCCGCCCCAUUCUCCCGCUUUCCAUCACCUCGCCCCAUUCUCCCUCCUUCCAUCACUCCGCCCCAUUCUCCCACUUUCCAUCACCCCGCCCCAUUCUCCCGCUUUCCAUCACCCCGCCCCAUUCUCCCGUUUUCCUUCACCCCGCCCCAUUCACCCGCUUUCCAUCACGCGCCCCAUUCUCCCGCUUUCCAUCACCCCGCCCCAUUCUCCCGCUUUUCAUCACCCCGCCCCAUUCUCCCGCUUUCCAUCACCCCGCCCCAUUCUCCCGCUUUCCAUCACUCCGCCCCAUUCUCCCGCUUUCCCUCACCCCGCCCCAUUCUCCCGCUUUCCAUCACCCCGCCCCAUUCUCCCUCCUUCCAUCGCCCCGCCUCAUUCUCCCGCUUCCCAUCAUCCCGCCCCAUUCCCCCGCUUUCCAUCACCUCUCCCUCCUUCCAUCACCCUGCCCCAUUCUCCCGCUUUCCAUCACCCCACCCCAUUCUCCCGCUUUCUAUCACCCCACCCCAUUCUCCCGCUUUCCAUCACCCCGCCCCAUUGUCCCGCUUUCCAUCACCCCGCCCCAUUGUCCCGCUUUCCAUCACCCCGCCCCAUUCUCCCACUUUCCAUCACCCCAGCCUAUUCUCCCGCUUUCCAUCUCCCCGCCCCAUUCUCCCGCUUUCCAUCACCCCGCUCCAUUCUCCCGCUUUCCAUCACCCCGCCCCAUUCUCCCUCUUUCGAUCGCCCCACCCCAUUCUCCCUCUUUCAAUCACCCCGCCCCAUUCUCCCUCCUUCCAUCACCCCGCCCCAUUCUCCCUCCUUCCAUCACCCCGCCCCAUUCUCCCGCUUUUCAUCACCCCGCCCCAUUCUCCAGCUUUCCAUCACCCCGCCCCAAUCUCCCGCUUUCCAUCACCCCGCCCCAUUCUCCCGCUUUCCAUCACCCCGCCCCAGUCUCCUGCUUUCCAUCACCCUGCCCCAUUCACCCGCUUUCCGUCACCCCGCCCCAUUCUCCCGCUUUCCAUCACCCCGCCCCAUUCUCCCGCUUUCCAUCACCCUGCCCCAUUCUCCCGCUUUCCAUCACCCCGCCCCAUUCUCCCGCUUUCCAUCACCCCGCCUCAUUCUCCCGCUUCCCAUCAUCCCGCCCCAUUCCCCCGCUUUCCAUCACCUCUCCCUCCUUCCAUCACCCCGCCCCAUUCUCCCGCUUUCCAUCACCCCGCCGCAUUCUCCCGCUUUCCAUCACCUCGCCCCAUUCUCCCGCUUUCCAUCACCCAGCCCCAUUCUUCCGCUUUCCAUCACCCCGCCCCAUUCACCCGCUUUCCAUCACCCCACCCCAUUCACCCGCUUUCUAUCACCCCGCCCCAUUCUCCCGCUUUCCAUCACCCCGCCCCAUUCUCCCGCUUUCAAUCACCCCGCCCCAUUCUCCCGCUUUCCAUCACCCCACCCCAUUCUCCCGCUUUCCAUCACCCCGUCCCAUUCUCCCGCUUUCCAUCACCCCGCCCCAUUCUCCCGCUUUCCAUCACCCCACCCCAUUCUCCCGCUUCCCAUCACCCCGCCCCAUUCUCCCGCUUUCCAUCACCCCGCCCCAUUCUCCCUCCUUCCAUCACCCCACCUCAUUCUCCCUCCUUCCAUCACCCCGCCCCAUUCUCCCGCUUUCCAUUACCCCGCCCCAUUCUCCCGCUUUCCAUCACCCCGCCCCAUUCUCCCUCUUUCCAUCACCCCGCCCCAUUCUCCCGCUUUCCAUAACCCCACCCCAUUCUCCUGCUUUCCAUCACCCCGCCCCAUUCUCCUUCUUUCCAUCACCCCGCCCCAUUCUCCCUCCUUCCAUCACCCCGCCCCAUUCUCCCCUCUUCCAUCACCCCACCUCAUUCUCCCUCCUUCCAUCACCCCGCCCCAUUCUCCCGCUUUCCAUCACCCCGCCCCAUUCUCCCGCUUUCCAUCACCCCGCCCCAUUCUCCCGCUUUCCAUCACCCUGCCCCAUUCUCCCGCUUUCCAUCACCCUGCCCCGUUCUCCAGCUUUCCAUCACCCUGCCCCAUUCUCCCGCUUUCCAUCACCUUGCCCCAUUCUCCCGCUAUCCAUCACCCCGCCCCAUUCUCCCUCCUUCCAUCACCCCGCCCCAUUCUCCCUCCUUCCAUCAACCCGCCCCAUUCUCCCUCCUUCCAUCACCCCGCCCCAUUCUCCCUCCUUCCAUUACCCCACCCCAUUCUCCCGCUUUACAUCAGCCCGCCCCAUUCUCCCGCUUUCCAUCACCCCGCCCCAUUCUCCCGCUUUCCAUCACCCCGCCCCAUUCUCCCGCUUUCCAUCACCUCGCCUUAUUUUCCCGCUUUUUAUCACCCCGCCCCAUUCUCCCGCUUUCCAUCACCCCGCCUGAUUCUCCCUCCUUCCAUCACCCCACACCAUUCUCCCGCUUUCCAUCACCCCGCCCCAUUCUCUUGCUUUCCCCGCCCCAUUCUCCUGCUUUCCAUCACCCCUCCCCAUUCUCCCGCUUUCCAUCACCCCACCCCAUUCUCCCGCUUUCCAUCACCCCGCCCCAUUCUCCCUCCUUCCAUGACCCCGCCCCAUUCACCCUCCUUCCAUCACCCUGCCCAAUUCUCCCGCUUUCCAUCACCCCGCCCCAUUCUCCCGCUAUCCAUCACCCCGCCCCAUUCUCCCUCCUUCCAUCACCACGCCCGAUUCUCCCUCCUUCCAUCACCCCGCCCCAUUCUCCCUCCUUCCAUCACCCCGCCCCAUUCUCCCUCCUUCCAUCACCGUGCCCCAUUCUCCCGCUUUACAUCAGCCUGCCCCAUUCUCCCGCUUUCCAUCACCCCGCCCCAUUCUCCCGCUUUCCAUCACCCCGCCCCAUUCUCCCGAUUUCCAUCACCCCGCCCCAUUCACCCGCUUUCUAUCACCCCGCCCCAUUCUCCCGCUUUCCAUCACCCCGCCCCAUUCUCCCGCUUUCCAUCACCCCGCCCCAUUCUCCCGCUUUCCAUCACCCUGCCCCAUUCUCCCGCUUUCCAUCACCCCGCCUCAUUCUCCCGCUUCCCAUCAUCCCGCCCCAUUCCCCCGCUUUCCAUCACCUCUCCCUCCUUCCAUCACCCCGCCCCAUUCUCCCGCUUUCUAUCACCCGUCCCCAUUCUCCCUCCUUCCAUCACCCCGCCCCAUUCUCCCACUUUCCAUCACCCCGCCCCAUUCUCCCGCUUUCCAUCACCUCGCCCCAUUCUCCCGCUUUUUAUCACCCCGCCCCAUUCUCCCGCUUUCCAUCACCCCGCCCGAUUCUCCCUCCUUCCAUCACCCCACACAAUUAUCCCGCUUUCCAUCACUUCGCCCCAUUCUCCUGCUUUCCAUCACCCCUCCCCAUUCUCCCGCUUUCCAUCACCCCGCCCCAUUCUCCCGCUUUCCAUCACCCCGCCCCAUUCUCCCGCUUUCCAUCACCCCGCCCCAUUCUCCCGCUUUCCCUCACCCCGCCCCAUUCUCCAGCUUUCCAUCACCCCGCCCCAUUCUCCCGCUUCCCAUCAACCCGACCCAUUCUCCCGCUUUCUAUCACCCGUCCCCAUUCUUCCUCCUUCCAUCACCCCGCCCCAUUCUCCUGCUUUCCAUCACCCCGCCCCAUUCUCCCGCUUUCCAUCACCUUGCCCCAUUCUCCCACUUUUUAUCACCCCGCCCCAUUCUCCCGCUUUCCAUCGCCCCGCCCGAUUCUCCCUCCUUCCAUCACCCCACACCAUUCUUCCGCAUUCUAUCACCCCGCCCCAUUCUCCUGCUUUCCAUCACCCCGCCCCAUUCUCUUGCUUACUAUCAACCCGCCCCAUUCUCCCGCUUUCUAUCAUCCGUCCCCAUUCUCCCUCCUUCCAUCACCCCGCCCCAUUCUCCCGCUUUCCAUCACCCCGCCCCAUUCUCCCCCUUUCCAUCACCUCGCCCCAUUCUCCUGCUUUUUAUCACCCCACCCCAUUCUUCCGCUUUCCAUCACCCCGCCCCAUUCUCCUGCUUUCCAUCACCCCUCCCCAUUCUCCCGCUUUCCAUCACCCCGCCCCAUUCUCCCGCUUUCCAUCACCCCGCCCCAUUCUCCCGCUUUCCAUCACCCCGCCCCAUUCUCCCGCUUUCCCUCACCCCGCCCCAUUCUCCAGCUUUCCAUCACCGCGCCCUAUUCUGCCGCUUCCCAUCAACCCGCCCCAUUCUCCCGCUUUCUAUCACCCGUCCCCAUUCUAUCUCCUUCCAUCACCGCGCCCCAUUCUCCCGCUUUCCAUCACCCCGCCCCAUUCUCCCGCUUUCCAUCACCUCGCCCCAUUCUCCCGCUUUUUAUCACCCCGCCCCAUUCUCCCGCUUUCCAUCGCCCCGCCCCAUUCUCCCUCUUUCCAUCAUCCCGCCCCAUUCUCCCUCUUUCCAUUACCCCGCCCCAUUCUCCUGCUUUCCAUCACCCCGCCCCAUUCUCCCUCUUUCCAUCACCCCGCCCCAUUCUCCCGCUUUCUAUCACCCCACCCCAUUCUCCCGCUUUCCGUCACCCUGCCCCAUUCUCCCUCUUUCCAUCACCCCGCCCCAUGCUCCCGCCUUUCAUCACCCCACCCCAUUCUCCCGCUUUCCAUCACCCCGCCCAAUUCUCCCUCUUUCCAUCACCCCGCCCCAUUCCCGCCUUCCAUCACCCCGCCCCAUUCUCCCUCUUUCCAUCACCCCGCCCCAUUCUCACGCUUUCCAUCACCCCGCCCCAUUUUCCCUCUUUCCAUCACAACGCCCCAUUCUCCCGCGUUCCAUCACCCCGCCCCAUUCUCCCUCUAUCCAUCACCCCGACCAAUUCUCCCACUUUCCAUCACCCCGUCCCAUUCUCCCGUUUUCCAUCACCCCGCCCCAUUCUCUCGCUUUCCAUCACCCCGCCUUUUUCUCCCGCUUUCCAUCACCCCGCCCCAUCCUAACGAUUUCCAUCACCCCGCCCCAUUCUCCCGCUUUCCAUCACCCCGCCCCAUUCUCCCACUUUCCAUCACCCCGCCCCAUUCUCCCGCUUUCCAACACCCCGACCCAUUCUCCCGCUUUCCUUCACCCCGCACCAUUCUCCCUCUUUCCAUCACCCCGCCCCAUUCUCCCUCUUUCCAUCACCCCGCCCCAUUCUCCCGCUUUCCAUCACCCCGCGCCAUUUUCCCUCUUUCCAUCACCCCGCCCCAUUCUCCCGCUUUCCAUCACCCUGCCCCAUUCUCCCGCUUUCCAUCACCCCGCUCCAUUGUCCCGCUUUCCAUCACCCCGCCCAAUUCUCCCUCUUUCCAUCACCCCUUCCCAUUCUCCCUCUUUCCAUCACCCCGCCCCAUUCUCCCGCUUUCCAUCACCCCGCCCCAUUCUCCCUCUUUCCAUCACCCCGCCCCAUUCUCCCUCUUUCCAUUACCCCGCCCCAUUCUCCUGCUUUCCAUCACCCCGCCCCAUUCUCCCUCUUUCCAUCACCCCGCCCCAUUCUCCCGCUUUCUAUCACCCCACCCCAUUCUCCCGCUUUCCAUCACCCCGUCCCGUUCUCCCUCUUUCCAUCACCCCGCCCCAUUCUCCCGCCUUUCAUCACCCCGCCCCAUUCUCCCGCAUUCCAUCACCCCGCCCCAUUCUCCCGCCUUCCAUCACCCUGCCCCAUUCUCCCUCUUUCCAUCACCCCGCCCCAUUCUCACGCUUUCCAUCACCCCGCCCCAUUCUCCCUCUUUCCAUCACCCGCCCCAUUCUCCCGCUUUCCAUCACCCCGCCCCAUUCUCCCUCUAUCCAUCACCCCUCCCAAUUCUCCCACUUUCCAUCACCCCGUCCCAUUCUCCCGUUUUCCAUCACCCCGCCCCAUUCUCUCGCUUUCCAUCACCCCGCCUUAUUCUCCCACUUUCCAUCACCCCGCCCCAUUCUCCCGAUUUCCAUCACCCCGCCCCAUUCUCCCGCUUUCCAUCACCUCGCCCCAUUCUCCCGCUUUCCAUCACCCCGCCCCAUUCUCCCGCUUUCCAACACCUCGCCCCAUUCUCCCGCUUUCCAUCACCCCACCCCAUUCUCACUCUUUCCAUCACCCCGCCCCAUUCUCCCUCUUUUCAUCACCCCGCCCCAUUCUCCCGCUUUCCAUCACCCCGCCCCAUUCUCCCUCUUUCCAUAACCCCGCCCCAUUCUCCCGCUUUCCAUCACCCCGCCCCAUUCUCCCUCUUUCCAUCACCCCGCCCCAUUCUCCCUCUUUCCAUCACCCCGCCCCAUUCUCCCGCUUUCCAUCACCCCGCCCCAUUCUCCCUCUUUCCAUAA